AUGGGGGUUCUACAACCUCGUGGGCGUCGCGACUCUCGCGCAUCGGCGCUGUCACGCAAUCUGAUGUCUGACCGCGACAUUCAAGGAAACGCCCCGUCAGAGUCGCUCGUGGAACAAGCAAACUUGGGCAGCUCUCCCGGACCAAUGGGGGCGGAAGCUUCCAGUUACAAUGGAUCAACGACAAGAACACCAAAUCGCUCGUUCUACCACCGAUCUUUCAAUAGCAAUAUGGAUACCGCCCAUUAUGCUUCGGACGGUCUGCGUGACCAGACCGCGGAACUCGCUACUUACGGCCUUUCGCUAAAUAAGAAAUCACUCUUAAGAGACGGUUCCGGCUUACCUCCCAGUCUUGAUAUAUUCAACGGCAGCCAGAGUUCUGCAGGCCAACCCCGGGAUGAGGCUACGAGCUCGCAAACUGCCCUUGCGAAGGCAUCGUUCGAGCCGGAACAUGCCUCUGUCGGCGCUGCCUCACCUUCAGCCUCUUCGGCUCUGACAGAGAUGAUUCGCCGCCCAUUGUCGGGUACGGUCGAAGACCAGGUCAAGCAACCCGGUGAAGAAGUCCCAUUUCCGCCGCCACCAACGAAUUAUAUUGUACCGGAGGAAGAUACUGAAAGAACCUUAUUGUUAUCGAAAGCGCGAUCCAAAUCGACGCAACAUUAUGGAACUGCGGGCGACGCCGAGAGUCAGAGGAUGGCCGUCACACGGUCUCCAAACAUCAUAACUAAGGGAAUCUCAUCCGUGGCUCACUACACUCGGACCCUAUCGAAUCCGAAGUCAUGGGACAAACGAGUCAUAUGGCGUGAGGCUGUGGUAUACCCCGCUAGUUUGGUUCCUGCUGUGCUGCUGGGACUUCUUCUCAAUAUCCUUGACGCCUUAUCCUAUGGAAUGAUAUUGUUCCCUCUGGGAGAACCUCUGUUUGCCCAUCUAGGAACCGAUGGUAUUUCCAUGUUCUAUGUCAGUACCAUCAUUUCCCAGGUGGUAUUCUCGUGUGGUGGCUCGAUAUUCAAAGGAGGGAUAGGAAGUGAAAUGAUCGAAGUAGUACCUUUCUUCCAUCAAAUGGCUUUCACCAUCAUGAAUUCAAUUGGCAAGGACAACCCGGAGUCCGUGAUUGCGACCACCAUUCUGGCCUUCUCCGUCAGCUCUAUUCUCACUGGCUUGGUGUUCUUCUUGAUGGGUGUCUGCGGGCUGGGCUCGCUCAUUGGCUUCUUCCCUCGCCAUAUUCUCAUUGGGUGCAUCGGUGGAGUCGGUUACUUCCUGCUACAGACUGGGAUGGAAGUAUCAGCUCGGCUUCCCGGGAGUCUUGAGUAUAACAUUCCUACGAUUAAGAAACUCUUCCACCUGGACACUUUCCCCCUUUGGAUUGUUCCCCUGUCCCUGGCAAUCGGUCUUCUUAUCCUUAAACGAUUUGUCCGCUCGAACUUCCUCGUCGGCGGCUAUUUUAUUGCCGUUGCUGUGGUAUUCUACAUUGUCGUUCUAAGCGCUGGGAUACCUAUGGAUGCUUUGCGCCACAAUGGAUGGGUCUUUGACGCCCCUUCUUCUAACAACCCUUGGUAUCAUUUCUACACCCUUUACGAUCUCUCGGCUGUCAACUGGACUGCGUUCAGCGAAACUAUCCCCGCCAUGUUCGCCCUGACCUUCUUCGGUGUGCUCCAUGUGCCUAUCAAUGUGCCCGCUCUCGGCAUUUCCACCGGCGAGGACAACCUGAACGUUGACAGGGAGCUUGUGGCACACGGUGUAACGAAUGCGCUUUCAGGCUUCGCGGGAAGCAUUCAGAACUACCUUGUCUAUACCAACAGUCUGCUCUUCAUAGCAAGUGGUGGAUCCUCUCGGUUAGCCGGUCUGAUGUUGGCCGCGGCCACGGCAGGAAUCAUGGUGAUCGGCCCCGUUAUAAUCGGCUACAUCCCCAUUAUGGUCGUUGGUGCCUUGAUCUUUUUGUUGGGCAUUGAGCUUCUGCAGGAGGCCUUGGCGGACACUUGGGGAAAACUUACUCGGCUUGAAUAUCUAACCGUCGUGAUUAUUGUCGUUACCAUGGGCGCUUGGGAUUUCGUGGUCGGAAUCUUCGUUGGUAUCAUUCUGGCCUGCGUGAAUUUCGUCGUUCAGACGUCUCGCAAAUCCGCUAUUCGAGCAACAUACUCGGGUGAAGUCGCCGGAUCGACAGUUAGACGCCCUCCUAUCCAGCAGCAAUUUUUGCGCGAGGCCGGGCAACAGACCAAGAUAAUGAAGCUUGCUGGAUAUCUUUUCUUCGGCACUAUCGUCAAUGUCGAAAAUACCAUGCGCGGCCUGAUCGAGGAGGAGGCUUUCGACCAACGUCCCAUUCGAUUCCUCAUUCUCGACUUCUCUCGGGUCUAUGGACUCGACUUCUCGGCCGCAGAAGCCUUCACCCGAAUCAACCGCGUUCUACAGAAACGUAACGUACAGAUAGUCAUUUCCGGGUUGAAUAUCGAAGGUGAUGUGGGCAAAUCUCUACACAAUGUCGGCCUUUUCGAGUCAGAGUCUGCCGUCCCCAUAUUCGAAGACCUCAACUCAGCUCUCGAGUUCUGCGAGAACGACUACCUGAAAGUCUUCUACAGCCGUCAGGAAGCACUUUCUACACCCAUCGACCCGACCGCCAACUCCCCGCCUCUUCAAUCGCCCACUCCUCUCCCCCUCCCCGUGCCCUCAGGACCUCAAUCCUCUCCCCUAGCCGACAGCAUCGUGAGUUCACCACGCCGUCAACACCUACAGCGAGUAGCAACCUCAACCAUUCAAGCGCACGAAACAACGAUGAUGGCCACUCCCGCCUGGUCCGCCAUGCGCCAACCCCUCCCUCUUCUACUCCAAACGUUCCAAGGUCUCUCAACCCAAAACGAAGACUUCUGGUUCCCCGCCUGUCCCUACUUCUGCCGCGAAUACUACCCAGCCGGUACAGUCCUGUACCACGAAGGUGACGCCCCGCGCGCCUUCUAUCUCCUCGAGUCCGGCAUGCUGCGUGCGGGUUAUGACCUCCCACAGGGCCGCUAUUUCGAGCUCAUUGUCGCUGGUCGACCGUGUGGCGAGCUACCUUUCUUCAGUGACACGCGCCGCACGGCGACGGUCAAGGCUGAACGCGAUUGCGUGGCCUGGUGUCUGACUGGGGAACAGUGGAAAGUGAUGCAGGAGAAGGAGCCGCGUAUUGCUCGUGAGCUGCUGACUGUUAGCUUGAAGUUGACGACUGAGCGUAUGGAUAGUAUCACUUCUUAUGUUUUGACGAUGGCGGCUUGA